GGACUGAUCCCUGCAAUUCACAGUACCCUCUAAACCCGGCGAUAACUGCGCCGGUGUUGACCUCUCGGUGCGACCAUCACUUAUCUCUUCACCAAUAGAAUUAAAUUUUACUUUUUCUGAUUGAGCUCUGGCCAUGGCAGGGCAGGGGAGCUAUUGUUAUGGGGUUUAAAAAGGUAUCGUCUCAGGCUUAAUUUGCACAGAAGGAAGCUACCUUUUAUCUGUGUAAUUGAAUGGAAUAUACACUGAUCCGAUCAGCCAGAGGCAUUUCAGCCUCCUCAUAAAGAAGAAAAGGGGGGUUGAAGCACAAACCCCAUUGUAAAUAAAGUCUGAAAGAAAAAGCUAAUCUCUCUUUCUCUCUCUCGCCUUACCUCUCUGUCCCUCUGUCUGCUUCGUACUGUGAAGCUUGGAUAUCUGGGUUCCUCUUUUGCCUUUUCCUUUUCAGUAGAAUUCUCUCUCUCUCUCUCUCUCUCUCCUCUUUAAAAACCCACCAAUAAACAAUGGGAAGCUCAUAAAGAAGAAGACCCAUUUAAACACGCCCUAAUCUUUCUCCCUUAGCCUUUAUAUCCACCCACGGCCGAUUGUAGAAAAGCCAGAACAAAAAAAUAAAACGAUUUUGAAGUCUCUGAGGCUGAGAGGUCAAUUCUCUAAUACCCUAUCGACUCUUCUUCUUCGUUUGGCAGCCAUGGAUCAGAUGAGGAGAAGCCAUGUGCCAGCUUUCGGGAGCUGGGAUUGCGUGGAGGCGCUUCCCUACACGCAGUGCUUCGAGUCAGCGAGGCAAGCCGGGCUGCUCCGGUGCAGUUACCCAGGAGAUCGGGACUUGUACGUCGCCGGCGAUUUCUAUGAGACUGAUGUUCUCUCUCCAGCCAUGAUUGUCGUCCCUCGCCGAAGAGGAAAGGUUCGUUACCAGAAUGCGAAAGACGGAGGAGGAGGAGGAGGGCAGCAGGGUUGGGCGGUGAAGGAACCUCCGAGCCCACUUCCAUCGCCGCCGGGAAAAGCUCCUAAGGCUGUUGACGAAGAUCUCUACAAGAUCUCGCCGGCGCUCCUCCACCCACACGUCGGAAAAAAAAGAGGAUGGAGCUUCUUUUCCAGUUGCCUGCUGCCUGGCUGCGCUUCAUGAAUCCUGAUAUAUAUGCACACGUAUACACACAUAUAUACACGUGUGUUUGUGUGUGGUGGUGUUAAUGUGCUUUGUGUUGUAGUAGUGAAAGGCCAGAGAGCUGGCCGGGCGGAGAAGAUAAUCUGUCGUUGUCAAUUUGUUAUUAUAUUACUAUUAUUAUUAUUAUAUGAUGAUAAUGGGAGAAUUAAUGGUCUGAUCUUCAACUGUGCACU